CCUCCACUACGCCCUCGGGAGGAUUUCAAAGAUGGAGGCGGCGGCUCUCUGAAGCCCCUCUCGGUGUUCAUCCGCCUCCAUCGGAGAUCUGACGCAGCGCUCGUUGCCCCCGGCAGCCGCGGCAGGAAGACGGGGCCCCGGUAGACCGGCAGCGGGCGGAAUUGACGGCGGUGACGCGGAUCGGAGACUGUCGGGGUUUGCAGACUCUGCUCGCCGGCCGGCAGAGGCCGCCGCCAUUUUCCUGCCGCCGCCGCCUGCGGAGCGCGCCAAGCUGCCGGAAUUGCGCGGAGGGCGGCGCAGGAGACCGCGAUCGCGGCGAGGCUGCCGUCGGGAGAGCCGGGGAGCGCGGCCUCUCCCCCGCUCCCCGGGUUAUGCUGGCCCCGGCGGUGAGCGGCGCCGAGGCCACCCGGACUUGACGCGGCUGAGCGGCGGUUCCCCGAGGUCAAGAUGCUGCAGAACGUGACUCCCCACAAGCUCCCUGGGGAAGGGAAUGCAGGGUUACUGGGGCUGGGCCCAGAGGCGGCAGCACCAGGGAAAAGGAUUCGAAAGCCUUCUCUGCUGUAUGAGGGAUUUGAGAGCCCCACGAUGGCUUCUGUACCAGCUUUACAACUGACCCCUGCCAAUCCACCGCCCCCCGAGGUUUCCAAUCCCAAAAAGCCAGGGCGGGUAACAAACCAACUGCAGUACCUGCACAAGGUGGUGAUGAAGGCCCUGUGGAAGCACCAGUUUGCUUGGCCCUUCCGGCAGCCUGUGGACGCUGUGAAGCUGGGUCUGCCGGAUUACCACAAGAUUAUAAAACAGCCUAUGGACAUGGGUACUAUCAAGAGGAGGCUUGAAAACAAUUACUACUGGGCUGCCUCAGAGUGUAUGCAGGACUUCAAUACAAUGUUUACCAACUGUUACAUUUAUAACAAGCCCACCGACGACAUCGUCCUGAUGGCACAGACACUAGAGAAAAUCUUCCUACAGAAAGUGGCAGCUAUGCCACAAGAGGAACAAGAGCUUGUGGUGACCAUCCCUAAGAACAGCCAUAAGAAGGGGGCCAAGUUAGCAGCACUGCAGGGCAAUAUUACCGGUGCCCAUCAGGUGCCUGCGGUUUCUUCUGUGUCGCAUACAGCCCUAUAUACGCCACCGCCUGAAAUACCCACCACUGUCCUCAACAUUCCCCACCCGUCAGUCAUCUCUGCUCCCCUUCUGAAGUCCCUGCAUUCUGCUGGACCCCCACUCCUCGCUGUAUCAGCAGCUCCUCCAGCUCAGCCCCUUGCCAAGAAAAAAGGCGUUAAACGGAAAGCAGAUACGACCACCCCUACACCUACAGCCAUCCUGGCUCCUGGCUCCCCAGCUAGUCCUCCUGGGGGUCUUGAGCCAAAGGCAGCACGGCUCCCUCCUAUGCGUAGAGAGAGUGGCCGCCCAAUCAAACCCCCACGAAAAGACUUGCCUGACUCGCAGCAGCAACACCAGAGCUCUAAGAAAGGAAAGCUGUCAGAACAGCUAAAGCACUGCAAUGGCAUUUUGAAGGAGUUGCUCUCGAAGAAGCAUGCUGCCUAUGCCUGGCCUUUCUAUAAACCAGUGGACGCUUCUGCUCUUGGCCUUCACGAUUACCAUGACAUCAUUAAGCAUCCCAUGGACCUCAGCACUGUCAAGCGGAAGAUGGAGAAUCGUGAUUACCGAGAUGCACAGGAGUUAGCUGCUGAUGUUCGACUCAUGUUCUCCAACUGCUAUAAGUACAAUCCUCCUGACCACGAUGUUGUGGCCAUGGCACGAAAGUUACAGGAUGUGUUUGAGUUCCGCUAUGCCAAGAUGCCCGAUGAGCCACUGGAACCAGGGCCUUUACCGGUCUCUACUGCCUUGCCUCUUGGGUUGGCCAAAUCAUCUUCAGAGUCUUCAAGUGAGGAAAGUAGCAGUGAGAGCUCCUCUGAGGAAGAGGAGGAAGAGGAUGAUGAAGAUGAGGAAGAGGAGAGUGAGAGCUCAGACUCUGAGGAAGAAAGGGCUCAUCGCCUGGCAGAGCUGCAGGAGCAGCUUCGAGCAGUACAUGAACAACUGGCUGCCCUAUCCCAAGGCCCAAUAUCUAAGCCCAAGCGGAAGAGAGAGAAAAAGGAGAAAAAGAAGAAACGGAAGGCAGAGAAACAUCGGGGCCGAGUUGGGAUUGAUGAAGACGACAAGGGGUCUCGGGCACCUCGACCGCUUCAGCCCAAGAAAUCUAAGAAAGCUGGGGGUGGCAGUUCUGCUAUGCUAGGCCACUCUGGCUUUGGGACUUCUGGAGGAAGUAGCAACAAGUUGCCUAAAAAGGCCCAAAAGACAGCCCCACCUGUCCUGCCCACUGGUUAUGAUUCGGAGGAGGAAGAAGAAAGCAGGCCUAUGAGCUAUGAUGAAAAGAGGCAGUUAAGCCUGGAUAUCAACAAACUACCUGGGGAGAAGUUGGGUCGAGUUGUACAUAUCAUCCAAGCCAGGGAACCCUCUUUACGUGAUUCAAAUCCAGAAGAAAUCGAGAUUGAUUUUGAAACACUCAAGCCAUCCACACUCAGAGAGCUUGAGCGAUACGUUUUAUCCUGCCUUCGGAAGAAACCCCGGAAACCCUAUACUAUUAAGAAACCUGUGGGAAAGACAAAGGAGGAGCUAGCUUUGGAGAAAAAGCGGGAACUAGAGAAGCGGUUGCAGGAUGUCAGUGGACAGCUUAACUCCACCAAAAAACCUCCCAAGAAAGCGAGUGAGAAAACGGAGUCUUCAUCUGCACAGCAAGUCGCAGUGUCCCGGCUCAGUGCUUCCAGCUCCAGCUCAGACUCCAGCUCCUCUUCGUCGUCGUCCUCUUCUUCAGACACCAGCGAUUCAGACACGGGCUAAGGGGUCAGGCCAAAUGGGGCAGGAAGGCUCCGCAGGACCGGACCCCUGUACCACCCUUCCCCACCACUGUCCCCUUGCUGUGACACUUCUUCAUCUCCCUCCAUAGGAGAGCUGGCUCUGCAGUGGGAGGAUGCAGGGACACGGACAGAACCAGACUGACUGCUAGCCCUUUGGGGAAUGACCUCUUGGGUGUAGUGUCCCUGUUCAGGAUGAUGGGGGUGGGCAAGGGUAUGGGUGGGAGUGGGCAUAGGCCUGGCACAAGGCCACCUAAGGCCAUAGCUGUCCUGUUCACUUCUAAGGGCCCUGUUUUGAGGUUUUAAUUUAUUUAAGCUAGGUGAGGCUGUGAGGAAGGAGCACCAUGGCCCUCCCUCCAGCCUCCAUGGGGAGGGAAGAAGAGGGAGCUCCUUUUUUUACGUUGACUUUUUUUUUCUACUCUUCCCUUUUCCUUCUACUCCAUUUGGGGCCUGGGGAUUUGAGUCACCUCUCCAUUUGGCCCCCUGGACUAUCUUUUCUUUCUCUUGAUUCUAACUUGUAAAUAAAGAAAAUAUUAUUGAA